AUGCAAUUGAGAAUUUCUAAACGUGCACAAGAAAUGGAGGAAAAGGGAGACCUUUCUCUUCGUUUUGUUUAUCCUAAGUGGUUAGGUCAUGGUGGCAGACCUAUAUCUACAGUAGAUAUCCAUCCAUCUGGCGAGCUUUUUGCUACAGGUGGCUGGAAUAAUUUUUGCAAAAUUUGGAGUUUUCAUGCAAUUACAGAUUCCUCACAGAACGUCAAAAACAAACUUCUAGCUGUACUUCGUGAUCAUACGAAAUCAGUCAAUAUUGUUAGAUUUAGUCCUGAUGGAAAAUACCUUGCAACAGGUGGCGAUGAUGCAAUGAUUUUUGUCUGGCAAAAAGUUAGGUGCUUUGGUCAACCAUCUACAUUCGGUAUUCCAGAAUCAGAACUACAACCAAAUCCUCCUGUUCAAAGGUGGCAAUCGAAAUCAUUUUCAGGACAUACUGGUGAUGUUACUGGUGUUUCCUGGUUCCCUGAUUCUACGAGAAUUGCAUCAUGUUCUUUUGAUGGAACAAUUAUUGUUUGGGAUGUUAAGUCUGCUACGAAACUCUAUCAGCAUCAAACAUCACAAUCAGUUGGUAUAGCAUCUGUUGCUAUUGACCCUCUCGGAAAAUUUAUAGCUUGCCAAUUGUUGAAUGGAAAAUUCGAUAUUUACGAUCCAAGCGCUAACUUUAGCCGUGAAUAUGGCUCCGAAUUUACUCAGCCAGAUCAGGCUCUCGUUUCAAGAAUCUGUUGGACUCCUGAUGGCUCAUUUAUUGGAAUGACCUCAGCCAAUUCAGGUGGAUAUGUCUGUCCCUUCUUCCGCCGUGAAUCAUUUACAUUUGGAUUUAUGCUAGAGGGCCAUAUCGCUCCUACGUGCUGCAUUUCAUGUCCGCCAUUUUUAUUCAGAAACAAAAAUGGAUCAUAUUCCUCUAUUAUGGCAUGUGGUGAUAAGAGUGGCGUUAUUUCCAUCUGGUUGGUUGGAGAAGAUACUAGACCGCUUGUAGUUUUGGACGGAAUUUCGACAUCUACAGUUAAUGAUUUACGCUGGUCUAAUGAUGGCCACUGGUUAUUUGUUGCCCUUGAAAAUGCUCCAAUCACACGUCAUGGUGGCAUUGUUGCUUUUGAUUUAUCAAAAGCUCACGAUUUAGAAUUAGUCGAUCAAGAGUCCAUGGAAGAAAUUAAAUCACAUUUAAUUGGAGAAAAUACAUUCCGUGCAAAAUUGUCCAACAAUAUUAAUAAUGCAGCCCAUUUACUGCACAGUUUAGAUGCCGAAGAAAAAGAUGUUGACUUUGAAGUCCUCCAACUCACUCCUGCUGAGGUUUUAGAAAGACAAAGUACAAUAACCAAGGAUGGAAUCACUUAUAUCACUCCUGUUCUCUUAACAGCUGUUGAAAAACAAACUGUUUCAUUUUCUGUUAAAGUUGAGAGUGAAUUAUUAUCAAAUGCAUCAACAGAAUACAAUCCAGUUGGAUAUAACUGGCCAAAACCAGCUAUCUUAGAAGGAAUCGUUAACAAGGCAUUAGAUAUCAAUAAUUAUCAUAUAGUUUCCUAUGCAGGAUACUUGAUAAAACUCGAUAAGAAAACAGGAAGAAGGCUCAGUACUCCGUAUUUAAUUGGAGGAGUUUGCAGACACCUGAGUUAUGAUGAAGGACAAAUAUUAGCCGUUGGAAACAGAUGCUGUGUUAUCGAACUCGAUUCAAUGAAAGAAGUAAUGAGCUGCAACUGUCCGCCAGAAUUCAAAUCCUUCUCUUUAUACCCCUCUGGAAUUAUUCUCGCCAUUUCGAGGGGAAGAGUUUGGACAUGGGACACAGAUUUCAACUGCUGGAGAGGAGGAGCACUCAGUGGGGAUGCAAGCGAUCUGACAAUUGAGGAAAUAGAGAAGAGCUUGGACGAUAAAAGCAUUUGCAGAUUUGAUCUCGCAAUUUCUGCAACUUUCAACGAAUUCAUCGGAAUGCCAGAAAGAACUGAUGAAUUAAUAGAGAAACUUAAAUUAAAUAAAGAUCAUCCUGAUACAGGUAAAUUCAUUGACGCCCUAGUCAGAAAUGUUCAGAAGAGAUGGCGCAAUUGA